CUUUAAUAUGUCGAGUGCAAAGUUCAGGCCACCAAGUAUCCCAAAGUCAAUUGAAGCAUUUGCUGAGAGGCACAUACCAACUAGUGAAGAGCUAGAAUGCGAACGGAGAGGUUAUAAGUUAACUCGAACAAUUUUGGGUAAAGGUGCUUAUGCUAAGGUCAUGUUAGCAUCUGCUACAGCAUUGAAGUUGGAGAAAGACAAGUCUUUGAUGGAGGAACUCAAGCGUAAAGGAGAUAGUAAGGUCGCAAUAAAGAUCAUCUCAAAAAAGACUGCACCAGUGGAAUAUUUGAACAAAUUCAUGCCAAGAGAAAUCGAUGCACUAAACUCAAUCAGUGGCUGUCACAAUGUGGUGAAGCUAUAUGAAGCAUUUCGGUCUGAAAACAGAAUUUAUUUGGUGAUGGAAUACGCUAAUAAGGGUGAUUUAUUGGAAUUCAUAAACUCUGGUCGUUCCAAUUUGCCUGGUAUAGGCGAGCCGAAAGCAAAGAGGUUCUUCAAACAGUUGGUAGAGGGGCUGGAUUAUUGCCACAGAAGGAACAUUGUACAUAGAGACAUGAAAUGCGAAAAUAUUCUUAUUCAUGAUAAAGACAUUAUCAAAAUUUCAGACUUUGGUUUUGCCACGCGAUUCCCAACCACAAGACAACCACUGCUGGAAACCUUUUGUGGAUCGUACGCAUACGCUGCCCCUGAAAUCCUCCAGGCUGAAAAGUAUGAUGGGAAAGCUGCUGAUAUCUGGAGUCUUGGAAUAAUUCUGUUUGCAAUGUUGAACGGAAGGCUGCCGUUUAAUGACCGAGACAUCCCAACAUUAGUGGAACAAACGAAAGGGAAGUUACGCUUUUCUACAAAAGUUCAGCUUAGUGCAGAUUGCAAAGAUUUGGUGAAGAGAAUUUUGACUCCAAAUCACAGAAAAAGAAUACCUCUCUCUGAGAUUCUUCGCCAUUCAUGGCUACAAAGAGAAACCUCCGAAAGUGACCUCUUGCUAACUACGGCAAGAGGAGUACCGGAUGGAAAAAGCGAGAAAUUCAUUGCUUCGGAUGAAAAGGCAGCAGAACCUAAGAAUCUUUUGUCAAUAUACCAUAGAGAAACGAAAGAUUUGCUUACUGGGGCAAAGCUAGAAACAAGUACAAAGGGAGCGAUUUUGGACAAGUGGGCUGAUAAAAACUCCAAAUGCUCAGUGAUGGCACUACUUUUGCGCGAUCAGGCUUUGGAGAGCAGUCAACCUCAUUCUUUGAAAGAAAAACGGCACAACUUUACCAAGAAGGGUGAUAUAAGAUGCGAUACCCAGUUGUGUGAUAUUUCAAACAUGACUUGGUGUACAGUUUCACAGAAAACCCCUGUAUCCCAACCGAAUCAGAAGCAAAAAGCAGAACAAUUGAAGGAUGAAAAAUCGAGUGUUGGAAAAACCCAGACUUUAGAAUACAGAUAUCAAGCAUUAGCCAAAGAGAAGAGUCGGGGAAAUAAUAAUGCGAGGGGAAAAAACGCAAUUGAAGAUCAAAGCAAACGGGGAGAGGCUGCUAAGAAGGCACCAGUCACUACCACGUGGACAGAAGUCAAGAUCCCUGUUAGUAACAUGAAAACUGCUGGCCACAGGCAGAUUUAUUAUCCAGGCUUGAAAUUGAAGGAUAAUGAGUCACCCGACCUAAAUCUGCCUCCUGUUUAUAACGAGCAGAGCAGAGCUUCGACAUCUUUGUCAAAGAAACCAGCGACGUUAGAAGAAUCAAAAAGAAAGAGGACAGUAGAGAAACAGCUGAUAAAAGAGGGGCAACUAGAAGCCAAAUGUGUGAACUUUACAAAUGUGAGGGUUAAUCUACGAGGAAACUGGCCUAAACACACCUCAAAACGUGUGCGUAAUAGCAAAAAGAACGCACUUAGAUAUUAUAAUCUUAACGGGGAAGAGGUUGCUCAGAGAAAGUUCGAUAAUUCAGGGAAAACAAGUGUAACUUUAGACGUUAAUGGUAAAAAGGCCUAUUUGGGACAAUGAAUAACAUACAUGUUUUGGUCUUCAGUUAAUUUGUUGGUUGUCUCUCUCUUCAAUCUUUGUUCAUACAUUUAUCACUUUUUAAAUUUAGAUGUUAUAUGCUAUAAUUUGUCUCCAAAGCAAGUAGCAAAAUAUUAGUUAAAAUGACCUCAGACACAAGACACAUAAGCAGAAAGACGCAUGACUUUGUGGAUAAACAACGAUUUAAAAAUUGCUUUGCUGAUUGAACAUAAAAUAUACCCAUUGAUCGGGUGACAAAAGAGCUUUCUAGAUUGGUCAAACGAAUGAAUAUACACAAAGUUGAUUGUUUGAGUUGAAUCAAGUGACUUUGCUGGUGAUUUUUCUUAUUUGGCGAAGAAUAUGAAGCAGAAAGGUCACGUUGCUGAUUAUUGUCAAAAUCGUAAUUAAUUGAAAUAAAAAAUUUGUAGCUUCGUUUUCUUGACAAUAUUUUCUUAAGAUACUUGAAACGAUGAUAGAGUCAUAAAUUUUUAUAUUGCUUCCCUGGAUACAUGAAAUAUCAAAGAUUACGUCAAUCCUUCCAUUCCAUGUGUUUCAAAAAAUGUUUUAAAAACAGG